CAUCCAGUCAGCCGUGGAUCCAACAUGGCGGAAGAGGAGGUGCAGAAACUGCAGAAGCACCUGUCCCUGCUGCGGCAGGAGUAUGUCAAAAUGCAGCAGAAACUGGUGGAGACGGAGAGGAGGUGCUCUCUGCUGGCAGCACAGACCUCAGGGCAUGGGUCUUCCUCUUCGCAGUCCAGCGACUCCUUCAUUAGCCGCCUGCUGGCCAUUGUGGCUGAACUUUAUCAGCAAGACCAGUACAGUGACCUGAAGGUGAAAGUCGGACAGGAGCAGCUGAGUGCCCAUAAGUUUGUCCUGGCAGCGCGCAGUGACGUCUGGAGCCUGGCCAACAUGGCCUCCACGUCUGAGCUCAACCUGUCAGAGGCCAGGCCAGAGGUUGCCAUGGCGAUGCUGCGCUGGGCUUACACGGACGAGCUAGAGCUGUGCGAAGAUGACACCUUCCUCAUUGACCUGAUGAAGCUGGCUAACCGCUUUCAGCUUUACCUUCUACGAGAGAGAUGUGAGAAAGGAGUAAUGUCCUCGGUAAACGUGAGGAACUGCAUUCGGUUCUACCAGACGGCCGAGGAGUUGGACGCGACCACGCUCAUGAACUACUGCGGUGAAAUCAUCGCCAGCCACUGGGAUGAUCUGAGGAAAGAGGACUUCAGUACUAUGAGUGCUCAGCUGCUGUAUAAGAUGAUCAAGUCCAAGACUGAAUUUCCUCUUCACAAAGCCAUUAAAGUGGAGAGGGAGGAUGUGGUCUUCCUGUAUCUUAUCGAGAUGGAUGCUCAGCUGCCAGGGAAGCUUAAUGAGUUGGACAAUAAUGGCGAUCUGGCUCUAGACCUGGCCUUAUCCAAAAAACUGGAGAGCAUCGCCACCACCUUGGUCAACAACAAAGCAGACGUGGACAUGGUGGAUCAGAGUGGCUGGAGCCUCCUGCACAAAGCCAUCCAGAGAGGAGAUGAGUUUGCUUCUACCUUCCUGAUCCGCCACUCAGCCCAAGUGAAUGCAGCCACAGUGGGGGCAGUGGAGACGCCGCUGCACCUCGUCUGCUCCUUCAGCCCAAAGAAACACAGCGCUGAGGUGAUGGGCGGCAUGGCCCGCAUUGCAGAGUCCUUGCUCAAAACCGGCGCCAACCCCAACAUGCAAAACAGCAGAGGACGAACACCUUUACACGAAGCAGUGCUGUCAGGAAACGAACCAGUGUUCAACCAACUCCUGCAGUGCAAACAGCUGGAUAUGGAUCUGAAAGACCAUGAGGGGAAUACUGCUCUGUGGUUGGCCCUGCAGUACAUUACAGUAGCAUCUGAUCCCUCCAUUAACCCCUUCGAUGACGACGCCCCUGUAGUUAAUGGCACCUCGUUUGAUGAGAACAGCUUUGCGGCUCGACUUAUACAAAAAGGAAGCGAUCCCAAUGCUCCUGAUGCCUCCGGAAACUGCCUCAUUCAGAGAGCAGCUCUCGCAGGAAGUGAGGCAGCUGCCAUCUUCCUGGCCACCCAUGAAGCAAAGGUCAAUCAUACCAAUAAAUGGGGAGAAACUCCCCUGCACACAGCAUGUCGCUGCGGAUUAGCAGCCUUGACGGCCGAGCUGCUGCAGCAGGGGGCCAAUCCUAAUUUACAAACCCACACUGCCUUGGCUGACGCAGGGGACCGGAGCCAUGGUGUCUCCUUACAGAGCCCUCUGCACAUGGCCAUCGUUCACAACCACCCAGACGUAGUGUCUGUCAUACUAGAGCAGAAAGCCAAUGCGCUCCAUGCCACCAACAACCUACAGAUCAUCCCAGACUUCAGCAUUAAAGAUUCCUUGGACCAGACUGUGCUCGGCCUUGCACUCUGGACCGGAAUGCACACCAUUGCCGCACAGCUCCUGGGGUCGGGGGCAGCCAUUAAUGACACCAUGUCCGAUGGCCAGACUCUUCUCCACAUGGCCAUCAAGAGACAAGACAGCAAGAGUGCUCUCUUCCUGCUAGAGCAUCAGGCAGACAUCAAUGUAAGGACACAGGAGGGUCAGACGGCCCUGCAGCUGGCCAUCAGUAACCAGCUCCCCUUGGUGGUGGAUGCUAUCUGUACGCGUGGAGCCGACAUGUCAGUGGUGAAUGAGAAGGGGGAUCCUCCGCUGUGGCUUGCCUUAGAGAAUGGCCUGGAGGAUAUUGCCUCAACAUUGGUCAGGCACGGCUGUGACGCGACAUGUUGGAGUGCUGGACCAGGAGGGUGCCAGCAAACGUUGUUGCACAGAGCCAUCGAUGAGAACAAUGAGGUCUCCGCCUGCUUCCUUAUACGCAGUGGCUGUGAUGUGAACAGUCCUCGGAGGCCUGGUGCUAACGGGGAGGGAGAUGAGGAGGCGCGGGAUGGUCAGAGUCCUCUGCACCUGGCCUCCUGCUGGGGCCUCGAAGAGGUGGUGCAGUGCCUUCUGGAGUUUGGAGCCAAUGUUAAUGCACAGGACGCCGAGGGCCGGGCUCCAAUCCAUGUGGCCAUCAGUAACCAGCAUGGCGUGAUUAUCCAGCUUCUCAUCUCCCACCCAGACAUCCGGCUAAACCUGAGAGACCGACAGGGCACGACGCCAUUUGCCUGUGCCAUGACUCACAAGAACAACAAAGCAGCAGAAGCCAUCCUUAAAAGAGAGCCUGGAGCAGCUGAGCAGGUUGACAACAAGGGACGUAACUUCCUUCACAUAGCUGUGCAGAGCUCUGACAUUGAGAGCGUGCUUUUCCUGAUCAGUGUGCAGGCUAAUGUUAAUUCCAGAGUGCAGGACACAGCCAAACUCACUCCGCUGCAUCUCGCUGUACAGGCUGGCUCUGAGAUCAUUGUGCGCAACCUGCUUCUAGCAGGUGCUAAAGUGAAUGAGUUGACUAAACACCGUCAGACAGCUCUACAUUUGGCGGCGCAGCAAGAUCUCGCCACCAUUUGCUCUGUGCUGCUUGAAAACGGUGUCGAUUUUCCAGCUGUUGAUGAGAAUGGAAACAAUGCUCUGCACCUAGCUGUGAUGCAGGGUCGCCUGAAUAACGUGCGAGCUCUUCUCACUGAAUCAAACAUUGACGCAGAGGCCUACAAUCUCAGGGGCCAAUCUCCAAUGCAUGUUCUUGGACACUACGGGAAGGAAAAUGCGGCGGCCAUUUUUGAGCUGUUCUUGGAAUGUAUGCCAGAGUAUCCUCUGGAUAAACCGGAUAGUGAAGGGAAUACAGUUCUUCUGUUGGCCUACAUGAAGGGAAAUGCUAAUCUCUGUCGUGCCAUCGUGAGGGCUGGAGCUCGUCUGGGCGUCAACAACAAUCAGGGCAUAAACAUCUUCAACUAUCAAGUGGCCACUAAGCAGCUCCUCUUCCGCCUUCUAGAUAUGCUGUCCAAAGAGCCCCCCUGGUGCGAUGGCUCCAACUGUUACGAAUGUGCUGCCAAGUUUGGAGUCACUACAAGAAAGCAUCACUGCCGCCACUGUGGCCGCUUGCUCUGCCACAAGUGCUCCAUCAAGGAGAUCCCCAUCAUCAAAUUCGACCUGAACAAGCCAGUCCGUGUGUGUGACAUUUGCUUUGACGUGCUAACUUUGGGUGGAGUUUCCUAACACACUAGCAGGGCAUGGAUAACACGCACACUAAACUAAACUGAACCACGGUGGUUGAAAAUGUGGAGAGGGAGAGGAGGAAGGAAUAAGAAUGGACUAAAUGUACGGACCACACUUUGUACUACUACUACAGAGACUUUUGAACAAAACAAGUGUAUGUAUGUAUGUUCUAGUACCAACAUCUAAUUAAGGAUCAGAAUUAAAGUAGUGCAGGAAUUCUUAACUCUCAUCUCGAGGACCCUGUGUUCUUUGACGCACCUGAUCCAACUGCUUGGCGAAUUAUUUAAGGAAAAAUCCACCCUGACCGACAUCUAUUGCGUAUUGAUGACAAAUAUUCCAUCUUCAGUUGUGCAGAUUAUAUAUUUUAGGAUUGACUUCUUGGGUUGAGCUUAAAAUCAACAUGGUGGACUGUUUUUUCACUUGGUUUCUGGUUCCCUCUAUUACUCACAAUACUGUUUGAAUACUUUGAUAGUUACACCAGAGGGACCUCAUUUCUUUAGUCCUUUAGUUUGUCCCGCUCUCUUACCUUCUCAUCUGUGCUUAAAUGAGUUUAAUGAUGGCGCCAUUGAGAACAAGCUGAGCUCAGUCUCUGGUGUAACUCGGCACAUAUAGUGCAUCAAGUAGCUGUAUUGCAUUCUGGAACUUUGACUGUCUCCAGGAAUAACGAAAAUACAGCACUAACUAACAAAUCUCUAAGCACCUGACGGAUAUUUUAUUGUAAACGGGUGAAGUUUUUUCCUUUAAUGACCUGAGCCAGGUGUUUUGCGAAUAUGGAAGACUUGAGACUGUCCAGGGUCUGCUCGACUGGAGUUAAGAACCUCUGAAAUAGCAGAAUGCUGUUGAAGUAGACCUUGUAGGUGUUGUAAGUGCCAGGCCUGUUUUUAAAAUAAUAAUAAUAAUGAGGGAAGCUGUAGAGGGAAUGACUAGAUCUCUAGAAAUUGAGAUGCGUUAAGGUCAACAUCCGUCAUCUUGGCAUAAAACGCGUGUAGAUUUUUAUUCAAGAGCAUUGAAUAUGAAGGACGAUGGAAUCUGAAUGAAGAAUUGUCCACCAUUGGAUAUUGACCGUUUUGAACCGUUCCUCUCAAGAGGGUUUAAAGCCUUAAUCACGUUGGCCCGAGUGCUGCUUUUUGUUGAGUCUAAAACAAGGAGCGUUUAUGAACCUUUACUCUUUUCUUGCACCUAUUAAGGGGCGACAGAGGGAAUGGUCACCCUGAAGGCCUCAAAAUAACAAAACCCAAGGUUAACUCGACGUCAAGCACAUUUCAGUAAAGGAUACAGUUUUUACUUUGUCUUCUGUUAUUUAAUCCUUGUCGUGCAUAGGUUCAUGAUCAUUAAUGAGUGAGGAAUCUGCAUAUUAAAUGCACUUUUUAUUCUUCCAUUAACACUUUUUUUUUUUUUUUUUAUAUUCAUGAAACAUUCACAGCUGAACAAAGUGUCAUUUUCUGAAAAGAACAAAAAAAGUAAACUGAGGUUAUAGGUGUAGAAGUAUGAUGAUUUUCUCUGCUAUGCAUAUGCACGUUUAUCAUUUUAGCACUGUUCUAAUUAUUCUGAUCACCAAAGCAUACAUUCCAUUUAAUCGAUGGCACAUUACUGAAUUUUGGUAAAUCAUGGUGUGGUGUGUGUGUGUGGGUUUUUUUUUUUUUUAAAUAUUCAUUUGCCUGAUGUUACAUUAAGUUGACCACAUUUAUCUUUCCUUAAACUCUUUCUUCUGAAAAGCUAAACAGCUGCACUUUAUCAUACUGGAUUUUUUUUUCCCCCUUCUCUUCCCUGAUCAUACAAAAGGAGAAUGUGACAUUUCAAGGUUUGAGAGUCUGUUCUAGGUUCUGUUCAAUUGUACAGCUAAUUGUAUACUAUUUUUGACCACUACAACUGUUUUUGUACUUAAACGCAGGUUGUGCUCUUUGCCUCUGUCUGAUCUCUUAUGCACAUUAUAUUGUAUCUGUAUGCUCAGAUAUCUAGCCUGUCGUUUCCUUUAGUAUCCUUUUGAAGAAAGGGAGGACAACUUUACAUUAAGGUCAUCAGAUGAUUAAAAAAAAUCAAUUAAA